CCGUUUCCCACUUUGCCCGCUCCUCAUCUGGAUGGGAAGUUGGGGAAAAUGGACAGGGUCGUGGUGAGGUGGAUUGCUGUCUUCUGGCUAACAGCCAUGGCUGAAGGCCUUCAGGUCACAGUGCCCGACAAGAAGAAGGUGGCCAUGCUCUUCCAGCCCACUGUGCUUCGCUGUCACUUCUCCACGUCGUCCCACCAGCCUGCAGUCGUGCAGUGGAAGUUCAAGUCCUACUGCCAGGAUCGCAUGGGGGAAUCCUUGGGCAUGUCCUCUCUUCGGGCCCAGUCUCUCAGCAAGAGAAACCUGGAGUGGGACCCCUACUUGGAUUGUUUAGACAGCAGGAGGACUGUCCGAGUGGUGGCUUCAAAACAGGGCUCGACUGUCACCUUGGGAGAUUUCUACAGGGGCAGAGAGAUCACGAUUGUUCAUGAUGCAGAUCUUCAAAUUGGAAAACUCAUGUGGGGAGACAGCGGACUCUAUUACUGUAUUAUCACCACCCCUGAUGACCUGGAGGGCAAAAACGAGGACUCCGUGGAACUGCUGGUGUUGGGCAGGACAGGGCUGCUUGCUGAGCUCUUGCCCAGUUUUGCUGUGGAGAUUAUGCCAGAGUGGGUGUUUGUUGGCCUGGUGAUCCUGGGAGUCUUCCUCUUCUUCGUCCUGGUGGGGAUCUGCUGGUGCCAGUGCUGCCCUCACAGCUGCUGCUGCUACGUCCGCUGCCCAUGCUGCCCAGAUUCCUGCUGCUGCCCUCAGGCCUUGUAUGAAGCAGGGAAAGCAGCAAAGUCCGGGUUCCCUCCCUCUGUCUCCGGUGUCCCUGGCCCUUACUCCAUCCCCUCUGUCCCUUUGGGAGGAGCCCCCUCAUCUGGCAUGCUGAUGGACAAGCCGCAUCCACCUCCCUUGGCACCAAGUGACUCCACUGGAGGAAGCCACAGUGUUCGCAAAGGUUACCGGAUCCAAGCUGACAAAGAGAGAGACUCCAUGAAGGUCCUGUACUACGUCGAGAAGGAGCUGGCUCAGUUUGAUCCAGCCAGAAGGAUGAGAGGCAGAUAUAACAACACCAUCUCAGAACUCAGCUCCCUGCAUGAGGAGGACAGCAAUUUCCGCCAGUCUUACCAUCAGAUGCGAAGCAAGCAGUUCCCUGUGUCUGGAGACUUGGAGAGCAAUCCUGACUACUGGUCAGGUGUCAUGGGUGGCAACAGCGGGGCGAGCCGGGGGCCUUCAGCUGUGGAGUAUAACAAAGAGGAUCGGGAGAGCUUCAGGCACAGCCAGCAGCGCUCCAAAUCCGAGAUGCUGUCCCGGAAGAACUUCGCCACGGGCGUGCCGGCCGUCUCCAUGGACGAGCUGGCGGCCUUCGCGGACUCCUACGGCCAGCGGCCCCGGCGGGCCGACGGCAACAGCCACGAGGCCCGGGGCGGGAGCCGCUUCGAGCGCUCCGAGUCCCGGGCGCACGGGGGCUUCUACCAGGACGGCUCGCUGGAGGAGUAUUACGGCCAGCGCAGUCGCAGCCGCGAGCCCCUGACCGACGCGGACCGCGGCUGGUCCUACAGCCCCCCGCGGCGGCGGCCGGCCGAGGACGCGCUCCUGCCGCGGCUGGUGAGCCGGACGCCGGGCACCGCGCCCAAGUACGACCACUCGUACCUGAGCGGCGUGCUGGAGCGGCAGCCGCGGCCCGAGGGCGCCAGCCGCGGCGGCAGCCUCGAGACGCCGUCCAAGCUGAGCGCGCAGCUCAGCCAGCGCAGCGCCUCCUACUACGCCUGGUCGCCGCCGGGCACCUACAAGGCGGGCGAGUCGCAGGACGACCAGGAGGACGCGUCCGACGACGCGCUGCCGCCCUACAGCGAGCUCGAGCUGAGCCGCGGCCCGUCCUACCGCAGCCGCGACCUGCCCUACCACAGCAACUCGGAGAAGAGGAGGAAAAAGGAGCCCGCCAAGAAAACUAGUGACUUUCCCACCAGGAUGUCCCUUGUGGUCUGAUGUUUUCGACAUCUCUCUGGAUGACUAGAAAUAAGAUGCAGUCUACGGGGACAAGACACAAUUCCAAGAGCCAGAAGGACCGGGACCUUCUCUGGCCAUCACCUUGGAAGAUUUCCUGACCUCUGCUUUGGCAAGGGAUGGGAGGCAGCCUUUAAGGAAGGCUGAUUUCAAAUCUCUGUUGCCAUCUAACUAGUUUGAGAAACUUACCAAGAAAACAACAUGUGGGAAUAUUCCCACCUAGAGAGUUUCUCACCCAUAGGGUUAAACCUCCUUCCUUAAUGGAACCAGGACUCCAUUUCCAGUUUUAAAAGAGAAUUAGCUCUGGACUGCUCAUCUCCAGAAAUUGCCUAUGCCUACAGUAUGCUUUUCUAUACCUCCUGUGCUAUGUUUAGAGACAGAAGAAUUUAUUACUACUAUUUGAAGAAGGCUUUCUGCUGACAAGGGAAGAUAGCUUCAAGGCAAAAUACACCUUUUAUCCCCAUCACUUCCCCGUCACUAGUCAGUGACUAUUGUUACACUAAAAUCAAAAAGCCUUUGGUGAGCUCAGUGACAGUGACCUCUGGGACAAUCACAGAAAUGACUUCA